AUGUCAUCCAACCAACAAGAACAACAAUUGGAAAUUGAGGCUCUUCAAUCCAUCUAUCCUACUGAACUUACACUUCUUUCCGAUACUCAUUUUAAAAUUGAAAUAUUCCCAUAUACUGUUGAAUCCGAAACUGAAGUCAAUGAUGUUGGAAUUACUUUGGAAGUAACGUAUCAUGAUGAUUAUCCGAGCUCAUCAAUACCUCAUUUUGAUAUUUAUAAUACAAGAGGAAAUAUUACCAAUCGUACAAUGAAUGAAUUGAAAGAAUUACUGGUAGAUACUGCUAAUCAAUUUAUGGGUACCUCUUGUGUUUUUACUCUUGCUAGUACCAUUCAGGAAUUUCUCAUCAAGUAUCAACAAGAACAAUCAUCAUCCGAGUCGACUACAGCAACAUCAUCAGCCUCGGGUACUUCCUCAUCAUCAGCCAAUGACUCAUCUUUGGAUAGAUUUACAAUGGACUCUGAAGUUUUAGUUUCGAAUAUUGGACGAGGAACACCAGUCACUCCCGAAAAUUUUAAAGAAUGGCGUGAUAAGUUUGUUCAGGAACAACAAAAAGUUAUGGAAAAAGAAAGAGCAGAAAAAGCAAAACGAUUUCCUGGAGCCAAGACUGGAAGGCAAAUCUUUGAAGAGCGUCAACAAUUAUUGAUUAGUAAAAUUGGUGAAGAAGCUGCACAGCAAUAUGUGGAUGAAGAUGAAAUUGAUGAGGAAUUAUUCUUGAAUGAAGAAGAUGAGGAAGAUGAUUAUGUUGUGGACGAAGAACAAGAAUAA